AGCUCAAGACGAUCGGAAGCGUCCAGCAGCAGCAGCAGAUCUAGUUCGGUCAGUUCGAAGUAUCGUGGAGUUGCAAGUUUGAAACCGGAGUUUGCGCCAAGUUGACUCGUGUCUCGUGCCAGUGUCUAAACCGCAAACCGCGCUAAUUUGUGCUCUCUGCAUUUCUGUUUUGCUACGCUGAUUCAUCACAACCCACCUGGUCUCGGGACCGGACUGCAUUUCCUACUUGGCCACUUUCGACAGCGACUCCGCACAGCAAAAAUGGACGUCGAUACCGUCGUGCACAGCAACUGCAAACAUCCAUCCAGCUACGUCCCGUACCGCUGGACGCUGACCGACAAGCUCAAGAAGACGGCCAAGUCGGAACUGCGCGAGGAUGAGAACGUACGCGAGCAGUCGCUGGCCCAAAUGCGCGAUUGGAUCGCCAAAUCGGCCCACAUCAAGCGGUGCCGCACCGAUCCGCUGUUCCUGCUGCGGUUCCUCCGGACGAAGAAGUUUUCGGUUCCACAGGCAUGCGAAAUGCUGGAAAAGUACCUGACCAUCCGGCAGACGGCGGCCCACAUGUUCAGCAAGUGCGACAUCGAAGAUCCCGAGAUUGAGGCCAUCAUUGACGGGGGUUACAUUGUGCCACUCCCGAAGCGGGACUCCAACGGCUAUCAGAUCGUGCUGUCCGUAGCGGGAAACCUGGAUCUGGACAAGGUCAACUCAUCGCUGCUGGCGCGGACGCAUUUUAUGGUCCAGGAGGUGCUGGCCGAUGACGAGCAGUCGCAAAUUUGCGGCUACCGGAAGGUGACCGAUGAACGGGAAAUCACGAUGAAGCUGCUGGGCAUGUGGUCCAUCAUUGACAUCAAGCGGGUCGCCGAGUGCAUACAGAAUGCGCUGCCGAUGCGGCUCAAGUCGAUCGACUUCAUUGGGCUGCCCUCGACGAUGGCGUCGUUUGCCGAGUUCUGCAUCUCGUUGCUCAGACCGAAGAUGCAGAAGCGUGUUAGUUUCUAUCGCACCUCCAAGGACUACGCGUCCAAAAUGGACAAGAGCAUCCUGCCGAACGAGCUCGGCGGCACCGCCGGACCGCUGGCCGAUAUGGUGGCCGAGUUCAAGGAGCGUUGCCGAAGGAAGCGCGCCCAGCUGCUGGCCAUGGACGAGAUGCACAUCGAAGUCCUCAAGUCGUCCCCGUACGCGACGGAUUCGUGCCGGGCCGAUCUCGACGCCGGCAUGAUUGGCAGCUUCCGGAAGCUGGAGGUCGACUAGAUCGUCGGAGGCAACGAGGGGAUACGCACGGGGAGGGACAUUCCAAGCGAACAUUUAUUGUGGCUUUUUUUGGUGAUAUUUUGUACCACGCGAUUGAUGUUACACUUUUUUGUGAAAAUAUAUACAAACGCAGAGACCGAUGUGAAACAGAUUAUCUUUUUUGUAAAAUGUUUUGGAGUAAGGUUUAUUGAUUUUAUCAACAUUGUUAUUUCUAAACUUACAAACUUUAUGUUAAUAAAGGUAUUACUUACAUAAA